AUGUCAAUUAAAUAAUCUUUUAAACCUUUAUUUUAAUAAUUUGUAAACCAUAAAAACCUCCUGAAUACUUUUGCAUAUUCAAUAUAUUAAAAAUUUGAACUUAUAGAAGAAAGUCAUGAAUUAUUAACAAAUGAUAAUUAAAUUUUAUUAAAAUAUACAGUCCCUUAAAAUUUAUGUAAUUUCUUCGGUGUAGUUCACGGAGGAGCAUUAGCUACUUUAGUUGAUUGUUCGACUACUUUGGCAAUUUUAAAAAAAGAUUAAUUUAAAAGGUUAACUACAACAAUUGAAAUAUCCUAGCACUGUUUAAAUCCUUGUAAUUCAGGCGAAGAAAUAUUUAUAAGGGCAGAAUGUUUAAAAAUGGGUAAGAAUAUCGCUUUUGCAUAGUCAGAAAUUUUUAAUUCGUCAGGGAAAAAAUUAGCUGUUUAAGGAAGAUAAUCAAAACUAGUUUUACCUAAAUCUUGGGAAAACUAACCUCUUCCAAAAGAAAAAAUAUGA